CGAGAUCCGACUGUUCAGUUCAGCACAGAGCAGACAGUCGACGUGUAGCUGCCAGAUAGACUGCUGCGUUACAGUGGGAUAAAGUCAUAUUGUUUAACAUGACUUCCAUUGCUUUCUGGAACGUAUUUGAAUCGAGAAUGGACGAUAAAGUGACAAUAUAAUUUCUGGUUAGUUUGUCAGGGAGUUUCUGGAAUUUUCUUUCAGGUUCUUACUUGUCAAUUCUUACUUAUUUGAGAGUAUUUGUUUGGGAUGACAUACUGUUUACCGACCGUCUGAUGGAGAUAAAACUGUUAGGCUUUAAUAACAAAUCAAAGAAAUCUGUUUUGAAUGAAGAAUUUGAACAGGGAUUGCCCAUCUCCGAAUGACGGGAUUUGUGCGCAUUUUGGGUUGCAGUCAUUCAAGAAAAUUGGUUGGCUCGUCAUCGCCUUGAGUGACUUUGCCUGGUUUUUGUUUUGAGCUCUCCCAGAAAUGGUGGGGCACCUACAUUUACAAGCUAUGGAUGACAGUCUGGAAGGAAAGAAUCGGGAGGGACUGCUUGACAGUCCGGAUUCGGGACUCCCUCCGAGUCCAAGUCCGCCCUUCUAUUCGCUGUCCCCCGGUCUGCUCGAGUCGCGCUCCGGGAGUUGUACGACGCCAGUCGAGAACCAUGGAUACUAUAAAAAGGAGAGCAAAGAAGGCAAACUGCUGCCGUACCUUCUCCUGAACUCAACGGGGACGGACCUGAAGGCACGCAUGUACCCUGUGUUCUUUGGGGAGAGCAUCGAGGUCAACCCAAAACCUGAAACAGAGAUCAAGUGUAACUCUGAGGUGAAGUACGACUCAGACAAGCACUACCGGGACCAGGUGUACUGCGCUCCUGUUCCAACGGUGACAUCCUACAGCGAGACGGUCGUUGCCAUGCAGAACUGCACCUGGAGGAGUUACAAGUCACAGGUAUACCUAGAGCCGCGCCAGAGGCCCCUGCACUACCAGAGCACCACCAUUGUGUACCCCAAACACGCCAAGAACACUUACCGCACCACGGUCAACUACAACGCUACGGGCUCUCGCCGCUGGUUUGUCUCCACCGUCCAGCUGGAGUCCAGUGAGGACAGCAGCCCCUGCAUCAUCUAUACAGAGGACCUCUAAACCUGAUGCCUGCCAUGCUAAUCCUACUGUUAUGGAAUGGACACACACACACACACACACACACUACAUAAUGUAUUAGGGGUACUGUAGGGGAAGUACAGCAAAUCACAUAGGCCUUUAAAGAGCUGCACUUCAUGGUUCAUUAUUUGUCUGAUUGAGUUGAGCCCUUCCAGUCUGUAGCCUCCUCUAAUAGCUGAGCAUGACUAAUUAAGGCUUGAUGGUAGCAUGUUACACAUCUUGUUGGACUGUCAAUAUGUAUUAUAGAAAUGACAUAUUCAUGAAUGCUCAAAAGGGAAAAAGUGUGAAUACACAGACAGACUCAUGAAAAGCAGCCUCUGUGUAAAUGAUGUAGGCAUUCUGAAAAGAGGGGGAAACAGAAAUGCAAUACUUAGCAUUUGAAAGAUUGGACCAAAGAUUUUGUAUCGAAGGAGGUUUCACCCUAGUAGUGAGUUAUGUCUUUGUCUCAACCUCAUCGAACUGUCAGAAAGGACUCCUGCAUUAGAUCUACUUCACAACUGUGCAUUUUUCUUAUCACAUGUCUUGAGGGUGUCAUGAGCACAUCAUUUUCACCUCCAGUGAUGUUGAACUCCUCUUCAUGACAUAAACUCUAGAUUCUGCCUCUUUUGUCUGUUAGACAAAGGUCUUUUAAAGGAAAAUAUCACAUUCUCUUACCAUUUUCUACAACCAAUCAGAAACUGAGUCUUAGCAGGCACCUUAAACAGCAGGCAGACAGACAGUCAAGGUUUCUGUUAUAGAAUGCCUCUGGUGAAGGACAUGCCCGUUGGAAAUGCCGAACUUGGAUCCAGAGAGGAGGAGGGAGAGCAGAGCUAACCAGUUAAUACUGUGACUAGCUGGGCAAACCUGAGGAACAUUUCUGUCUGUUUUUAGACAGCUCUAACCUUUGAUGUCCUGAUUGUUUGGCAGACUGGUAAACACAACCAUAAAAAUCCCAACAGCUACUCUCUCCAGCAGACUGUUGUAAUAUACUGGAUAAGGAAAUGGGUGGCUUGGAUUUAUAUACUGCUGUCAGGUGAUGUUGUAGGAAAAUAAUACAGAUGUAAUAUAGAUUAUUAAGAAUUGCUCACAACCUCUUUUUGUCUGACUUAUAUACAUAUGGAUUAUGGAACCUGGUAAAUGUUGAACUGUGUAUUAUGAAUUCAGAUUACUUACCUCAGGUAAAAAAAAAAAUCUCUACUCUAUUUCUUGAAAAUGUGUAUUACCUACUUUUAAUUGACAUAUUGAGCAAUUUAAAAAAAAAGAAAGCUGUAGUUAAUGUAGGUGUUGAAAAUGUA